AUGGUCUCAAUACAGUCCAGAUCUCGCCAUUUUCAGAGAACCCCACGAGACUUAGCGAAAGUGCUCAAGACCAUACAGCCGGACUCUUCAGACGUGAGUUGUACCAUUUUCGAUGCGAACGGAAACGUUGUUGCGGUUUCGAAGAGCUUUCCAAAGGCAAAAUUCUUACACGAAAACGGUCUGUUCCCGAGAGAUUUGCGCAAAAUCGACUCCUCAAACGUCGAUGUGGCGCCCAUCAUUGCGGUCCGGUCUAAUUGCAUCCUAAUCAACUUGUUGCAUAUCAAGGCAUUGGUGAAGGCCGAUUCUGUUCUGGUGUUUGAUACAGCCAACUCGGAAGCCGCCUCGAAACUCAGUUUAUUCAUGUACGACCUAGAGGCCAAACUGAAGGUCAAGACGGUCCACGGAACAACAAACGUUAACCAAUCCUACGAGUUCCGUGCGCUAGAAAGCAUUCUUAUUAACGUCAUGGCAGUUCUCGAAACAGAACUGCAACAGCAUUUGAAAACCUGUACUGAAAUUCUUAAUCACUUGGACACAGAGAUCGACAGAGAGAAAUUGAGAGAUUUGCUGGUCAACUCCAAGAAACUCACCACCUUCUAUCAGAAAUCGCUGCUGAUCAAAAAUGUUCUUGAUGAGCUGCUGGACAACGAUGAUGACUUGGAAAGCAUGUAUUUGAGCGAGCGCAGCGACCAUGAUUCUGUGAAAAUGUCUAUGGACGAGCUCGACACGGGUGAAAUCGAAAUGCUUUUGGAGUCUUACUACAAGCAAUGUGACGAGAUAGUACAACAGGCAGAGACGCUAAUUAACGACAUUAAAUCGACCGAGGAAAUUGUUAAUAUCAUCUUAGAUGCUAACCGCAACUCGUUGAUGGUAUUUGAGCUCAAGAUAUCGAUCUACACAAUGGGGACAACAGUGGCGACGCUGGCUCCAGCCCUUUAUGGAAUGAACCUCAAAAACUAUCUGGAAGAAUCAGAAAUUGCCUUUGGAGCAGUGGUGUUUUUCAGCAUGGUUGCAGGGGCAGCCAUGGUGGUCAACUCAUUCCGUCGUCUAAAAAGUGUGCAGAAAAUGAACAUCACAACUACAGAGCAGACUAAAAGACUGGACGACAAAAUCAGGGGCCAGCUGUUUACUAGAUUCAAGAAGCAAAAGACGAGAGGCACUUCUGAGCAAAAGGACCUCAUUUGGAAAUGGCUAACAAACGGGAGCCCGAAACCCAAGUAA